AGCUUUUCCGCCGUCAGAAAGGCUCUUUCAACGAUCCAUUGAGUCUACGGACAAAAGAGCCCUCAGGUCUAACCCUAAACAAAAUCUCCUUCAGGUUCAGUCGCCUCACGCGAAAUCCGGGAAAGUAAUCGUUUUGAGAGUUCUCAAAGGCAUCACUUAGGCCUGUUUUGAAUUUGGAAUAAUACGGCAGAUCAUUGGAGCUAGGCCUCUCAAUGCUGCCCCCAUCAGGCGGCUCCCUCCUGCUCUCACCGGGCACCCAUCGCCCUCCCUCUGCUGGCCUGUCUCUGGGCGGCCGAUCCAUCUCAAUCCUCGCUGCUCCUCCUCCUUCUACCACCCCCUCCUCCCCCCCUGCACUUCUUUCUGCUCUCCCUGCUUCUUCUCCUCCUCCCGCCGUUCCGACCAUUGACUGCACGGGGGGAGCGUGUCUCUCAGCCGUCUGCUUUCCAGCCACCGCUGCGCUGCCAUGUGGCACCGCAGAACUGGUCCUUGCAGGAGUAGCCGUUCAGAACGGCCAGGUAGGAGCGCCACGUGGCGGCUGCCUAUUGAUCGAGAACCAGGCCGUCCACGUCAGCAACAGCACCUUCACUGGCUGCUCUGCUGUCAACUACGGCGGGGCGAUUUCCGUCUCCAACGCGCCACGUGUCUCGCUCUCACGCGUCCAUGCCACAACGGGUGGGUGCAUGGUAGACAACGCCUCUCCCUCCCUCACCGUCUCCUCCUCCUCCUUCCUCUCCUGCGUCGCCAACAACCCUCUUAUAGACCCAUUCUUAAACUCCCAGCGGGCGGCUGCCAUUCACGCCAACCGCACCGCCACCCUCACCAUCUCCCUCUCCCACUUCACCAACGGGAGGUCGAGAUUCCUCGGCAACACGGCCUCUUUCCGGAUGGCCGGUGCAGUGCUCUUUGUGAGUGGCCGGGGCGGUACGCUGGAGGACUGUGAGUUUGACGGCAACUCAGUGCAGCUCAACGGGGGGGCGCUAGCAGUGGAUGGGGGCGAUAGGAGCAUCACCAUCACUCGCACUGUCUUUGUCAACAACGGCACCAAGGGAGCGGUCCGUAUUUUGGACUCCCACUUUGCCAACAACUCCGCUCCGCUGUCCAAGGGAGGGGCUGUCUCCUUCUCAGGAGACGUCCUCGCUAUAGACAACUCCAGCUUCGUUAACAACUCCGCCCUAGUAAAGGGCGGUGCAAUAGCAGUGGACCGUGCCAGCACCACCGCUCUGUACCCAAUCGCACUUUCUCAUCUUCAUUUCCACUCCAGUCGAGCCGAUCUGGCCGGCGGAGCACUCUCCCUCUCCUCUCAAGCAGCAGUCAGUGCGGUCAACUGCAGCCUCCUACACAGCACGGCCAGCAGCGGCGGUGCGAUCAUCGUAGAAGACUUUGGACGGCUCAGAUUGCACCGCUCUGAGUGCUCUCACAACCAGGCGCCAUCCGGGGGAGGCUGCAUCUCCCUGGGUGACUUCUCCACCGCUACUGUCACCUCGUGUAACAUCACAUUCAACGAGGGGGGCAACGAGGGGGGAGCGCUGCGAAUGUCAGGGCAGACGCUCCUCUCCCUCUCCGCCUCCCUCCUUGCCAACAACUCCGCCCUGGACGGUGGCGCCCUGUGGACGGAAAUGGACGCCCGGGUGCAAAUCACCGGCACCGUUGUCGCGGGCAACACGGCCAAGGUGCAGGGGGGGGGCGUCUACUGCAUCCACCAGUCCAACCUCUCGGUUUCAGACUCGCAGUUUGUGGAGAACCGGGCUCUGGGUAACACGGCGCCCAAAAGGCUGAGGCUAGGCUCGGCUUUCUUCGACGCCACGUUUGACCCCUCCGCGCGGUCCACCUGCACCAGAUGCCGGCGGAAAGACCCCAGAGACACCAUGGGGUCGCCGCCCACCACUUUUAAGAUGCACUGGCCUGGGUCUGAUCAAGUGGACGGUGGGGGGACGGCGGUGUACCGAGUGCGGGGAGACAUGGCCAACCCGGUGGCUGGGCUGCAGGUCACCGUGCUCGAUGCGGCCGGGCUCGUUGCUUCCAAUGACAACUCAGCUCUAGUGGAGGUCGUUCCCAGUGCAUUUAUUGCGGGUGAGCUCAGAGCAACAGCCAUGUCCGGCGCAGUGACAAUGCCACCCAUAACCAUCGUCGAUAUCCCACAGCCUGGUAACCCCUCUCCUGUUGCUGCUGCUGCUUCUGUUACACUGACUGGUAACCCUACGGCUGCUGCGUUUGGUGCACUGCCUGGUAACCAAACUGCUGCUGCCGCUGCUUUCGCUCCCAACGCCAGUGCCGGCACGCCAGCUGGCGUGCUCUGCUACUGCGGGCUCGGUAGGGGCGCCCAGCACUGCCCAGAUGGCACCUUCUCCUUCCGCCCAGGUGCCACCUCCCCCAGUGACUGCCUCCCCUGCCCGAACACCACCAACGCCAGAACGAACCUCCCUGCCAUGUCGUGUUCCGAUGGCGUUGCUGACGUGGCGGAGGGGUAUUGGCUGGACCCAGGGAGUGUGGGGAAGGGGGCGGUGCUCUUUCCUCUCUUCCUCACGCUCAUCAUCCUGGCAUGGGUCGCCAUGGCCGUCCUCUCAGCCUCAUUUCACGCGGCGGCCAUUUUCCUCUCGGAGCUGCAGCUGUUGGCGCUCAUCGCGUCGUACAACGUGCCCUUCCCCGCCUGGCUGCGCCCCUUCAUCCAACUCUUCAACCUCGCGCUCUUUGCCCCGGACGUGAUAGCACCGGCAUGCGCCACCUCCUUUGGCUAUGUGCAGGAGUGGGCUGUCACCAUGCUCGUCCCCCUUAUAGGCCUCCUCGCUUACGCCACACUCUUUGCCCAGCGAAAGCUCUACCUGUGGCACCUCACCUGCUACGUCCGCCGCCUGCUCAUCGCCAGCCUGGCAGUCUUCGCCUCCACGUCCCCCGAGGCGCAGCUGUCCGCCACGCUGCCCCUGCAGGCGGUGCGCAUCGGGCUGCAGUACGGCGCCUCGCCCUUCGCCUCACUCUCGCUGGACCUGCUCUCGUCGCUGCUGGCCCUCUCAGAGUUCCUCUUCACCCUCGCCAUGACCGGGGAGAAUUACAUCAAGCUCUCCGCCGCCGCCACCGCGCUCUUUGUGAUCGCGCUCCUGCUGCUGCUGCUGCCUGCGCUGCUGGUGCUGUUGUAUGAAGUGGUAAAUGGUUACAUUGCCGCGUGUAACCGCAGGGAAUUGGUGAGGCUGGAGGGCGGAGGGAGAGGCGGGAGCCCAGGCGUUGCCUUGCUGUUGGAGGGGUCUGCAGGGCCUCAUGCCUCGUCUGAAGCCACGACUGGAGGGGCAUCUACAGCCGCACCUCAAGGGGCGUCUGCAGGCACGCCUGAAGGGGCAGGUCCUGAUGAAAGGGAGGGGCUUGAUGUGGGGGAUGUGGCUGACUGGUUCAGACCCCAUGUGCUCUAUGCCUUCCUUCACCACUCCAACAACACUGCUGCUGCUGCUAGUGCUGGAGCAGCAGCAGCACAACCAGCAGCCACCUCAACAUCACCACCAGCACCAGCACCAUCAUUUCAGCAGCAGCACCCUGCACGCCUCCUCCUCACCAUCCACCGCCGCUUCCACCUCUGCCAGUCAAAGGGCCUGGGCGGCACCGACUGGACGCGGCACCUGUCCAAGUCGCAGCUGUACGCCGUGCUCUCACAGGCGCUGCUGGGUGCCGCCGUGGGGGACGUCACCGUCGCCACCCUGCCCGCUAGGACUGGCACAGACCGGGCCAGAGCUUCCCUGUCGCAUCAACAGCAGCAGCAUCAGCAGCAGCAGCAGCAGCAGCAGCAGCAGCGGCAGCAGCAGUUACGAGUGGCAGCAGCAGCGGCGGACAUAGGCGGGGUGGGGUCCACGAGCGGGCGGCGCAGCAACAUCAGUGUUCUGGUUCGCAGCCUGUCCAAGCGAGAGGGGCUGCCAGUGGCUGAUCCGCUCUCCAUGUCUCGAAGCAGCUCCAGGCACGAGCUGCCAGCAGCAGGAGUAGGAGGAGUGGGAGCAGCAGUGGUAGGCGAAGGGGCAAUCAUCGGUGCCGGGUUGCUGGUGCACAGUGCGUCCUCCUCAAGGGACUUGGCUGCAGACCCGCCAGUCUGGGCGUCCGCCAUCGGGGCAUACGGCCUCUCCAGGAGCGCCUCCCGCCGCGAGAUCGUACCGGACUCACCACGGGCAGUGGGAGGCGUGGGAGCAGCGGGGUCAGGGACAGGCUUAGGAGGAAAUCUGGGAGCAGUGUUGGCAGCAGGAGUGCCGGGAACGCCCGUGGCGCGGCAGGGGUCUCGCCGGGACUUUGUGCCCGACUCGCCCCUCGCCAUCUCCAGAAGCGCCUCCCACCAUGCUGCACUCGCAGACUCUCCCACCACUGCUGUUCUCUCCGCCUCCCCCUCAGCACAAGCCCUACCUGGCCUUGGCGGCUCAGGUGGUUUGGGCGCCUUGGGCGGCUACUCCCUCUCCCGCAGCAGCUCCCGCCGCGACCCUCCAGGUGCACUCUCAGGUGAAUUCUCAGGUGCUCUCCCAGUGGUGCGGCAGUCCAUCUCCCGCAGCUCCUCGCGGCGGGAGAUCGUAUCGGAGAUCGAGGGCGAGCUGGCCGCCACGGGCCUCCCAGGGUCGCUGUCGCGCUCCCUCUCCCGGUCUCUUUCCAGGAGUGCGGGCACUGAAGGUGCUCGAGAGCGGAGCAGCAGCAGGGUUGGCAGCGGCUGUGGCAGCAGCAAUGGCUCGCCUCCUCCUCCUCCUGCUUCGUCCACCCCUUCCACGGCCACCAAUGCAGCUGCUGCUGCUGCUGCUACUGACUCAUCACCAGUUGAUGCUGACUCAUCACCAGUUGAAGCUGACUCAUCGCCAGUUGAAGCUGACUCAGCGCUACAUGCACCCUCUCCAUCCCGGCCAGCACCUGCUUCCGUUGCGAGCAGCACAGGGCCCAGUGAGGCAGCUCUGCACGGCACAUCACCCUCAUUACGAGUGGGUUUAUGGCCACGGUCAGAUGCUGCACCAGCAGCAGCACCGGAUACAACAGCAGCAACAGCACUAGGAACACCACCAGAACUGGGAACAGCUGGUGCAACAGCAGCAGUAGCAACAACAACAUCAGCAGCAGCAGCAGGAGCAGCAGCAGGGGCAGGGGAGCCGGGAGGAAGGGGGGAGGCGGAGUACGUGGAGGCGCGGCUGGGCGUGGCGGAGCUGACUCUGACGUUUCAGCGGCACCUGGCCAUUCUGGUGCGCGUGGAGGCGCACCGCAGGGAGGACUCGCUGCGCCUGCUGCUGCACUCCCACGCCGUGCAGGACGUCAUCGCCUGGCUCACCUCCCCGCACUGGUAAGGAAUACCCAUGCCAGAUGUUAUUGCUUG